AUGGCAUCCGACUCUGAGAAAAGGAGCGUGACCCCAGACAUUGAAGCUCUUCGAGUGAUGGCUGCUGCUCAAAGGCCGAUGUGUCUCGCAUGUAUCGCAAAGUGCGGCGACAAUCCCGGUCAUAUAUGCGAGUACCCAGACAAGUCAACGUCCCCCUGCAAUCACUGUCACGACGUCUCCGAGUGCAUUAAGGUGAAGAGCACAUUGGCCAGUGUAAAGCAGCUACAGAAGAUGGCCAGGGACAUUGUGCAGACCGAGAGACGCAGUAAUGGUGUCCCCUGUGUCGAGAAGAGGCAUUGGCUCAAGAUACUCAGUCGUGCUGUCUUCCAGUUCGUAGAGGAGAAGUGGAUGCACAAGUUGACUCGCAUGGAGCUGGACUGCAAGCGGAAGAGAGAGGCAAGCCUUGAAGAUGAUUUGUCCCGGAAAAGACAAGAGCUUGAGCAGGUCGAAUCGGACUCUAACAAGUCUGCAGAAGAUGAGAAAAUCAGGCUUCGCCAUCAACUCGGCGUGGCCAACCGCGAGAUUAGCGACAUCGCAGCACAAUAUACCGAACUACGUAAGAUCUUUUCGGGGCGGGUCGUGGAAUCGAUGAACACGCAAACGGAGCUUCGGAGGCAGGUCGAUUCUCUCACGUCUGAGCGAGAUCAACUCCGACAAGAAAAGGAGGCCAGAGAAGCAGACCUCGAGGCUCACAUACAGGAGCGCAAGAAUACGGCUGCCCAACAUGAUGAUUUGCGCCGACAGUUCCUAGCCCUGCAGGACGAAGCCAUUGCCAGAAGGGAUGAAUAUAAGACACACCUGCACAACGUGACCAGCGACAUGCGCAGGCAAGUCUCGCAACUCUCUCGUAAGAAUGACGAGACUACCGCACGACAGGCAGAGUUUGAAAUUGAAUACCGCAACAUUGUCGACCAAUGUGCUGCGCUGCGGGAGAGCCUAGCUCGAGUUCAGGCCGACUCGGAUAACCACCUGAGGGAACUAGAAGCACGACUUCACAACGUCACGGCUCAACGCGACGCCCUACAAGAUGACCUUGCCAGGCGCAGAGACGAGUCCAUUACUACGCUAGGAGGGCUCAAGGAGCCGCUUCGCCAGACAGCUGUGGGCGAUAUGGGCGUGCACGAUACGCCCAAUUCCUCCCUAGAUCAGUCGAUGACUAGGCUCGAGGCAGUGGAGAUGCAACUGCAUGAAGCUACGUCGGUCAACGAGAAAUUACAAGCAGACAUGGCGGCCAGACAUGAACAGUCCAUCGCCCGAUACGUUGCGUUAGAAGAGCGUAUUUUUGAUCUAAUGGUAGAGAAUGCCAAACUCAAGGCCCAACUGCAGGAAUUGGGACAAGAUGCAGAGCGAUGGGAAGGACGCCGUGCGCCGGAAAUCGGAAGAGACCGGAUUUCGCAUCCCCAGGGCCAGAUUAUUGAGCAAGGAGUGACCGCUUCACAAGAAGAAGAACUCCUCUCUCAGCUCCGCGAAUUUCGGAAAGUACGAGACCAGCUUGAGCAGGACAGGGAUGAGAAUAAGAGAGUCAUUGAAGUACUUCUUCAGGAGAUGGCUGAGUAUAAGCAAGAAAUUUGGAGAAGGAGCAGUAUCUGA